CGGUGGAAUAGAGCGCCACCUGUCAGUGAAGUCCAUCUUUGCGCGUCGUUUCUCCUCCACGUUUCAACGCGGAAGUGAAGUGACGCACGAGCCCAGCUGGCGACAAUGAAAUAAACAAUCCGUCGACUCGGAGGCGAGCAGCAGAUCGGUGAGUGUCUUCAUUGUCGGGGAGGAGGGGGGCGGAAUCUGCCGUUUUUGACCCCCCCUCACGUUACAACACCCCACCGGAGGCACGCGCGCGCUCGGUGCUCGGGAUGCGAGAGAAAGACGGGCUGCUGUCAGAGCGCCGUUCUCGUUAAGGGAGGUGUGGGCAAGGUGUCAUCAUCCGGACCAUCAUGCCCUUCACCCUGGGAGGAGUGGUAGAGGAACUGUAUAUGUGAGUGACCCUGGUUGGCUCCGCUGGGAUGAAUAUGCCACUACACCAAAUCUCUGUCAUCCCCCGCGAGGGAAAAGCGAAGGACAAGGACAAACAGAAUGAAAAGCCUCUGGGUCACUCAGCAAGCAGAUCCAGCAAUAUAUCAAAGGCGGGAAGUCCAACUUCAGUCAACGCUCCAUGCAGUUUCUCAAGGACGUCGGUUUCUCCCUCUAGCCAAGACAUCUGCAGCAGCAGUCAGGAUCAGGGUUCUAAGAAGCAGACCGCUGUGGUUCUGCUGAACUCCAACGGUAAAAUCUCUCACGGGUCAGGGAGCGUUUUAGUGGCCACCCUCUGCACCGAUGCCCCGCCCCCCUGGAAGCAGGUCAAACAGAGAGACUGGCUGUCGCUGCUCCGCCCGGCCUCCGUAAACAUCCGACCCGGCGGCUCUCUCAGGUUUUCGGUGUCACUGAAUGACGUGGGUCAGCGUGUGGACGGCCUCUGCCGCGGCCUUCACUUCAUCGACCGCACGUGCUCAGACGGAGAGCUGGACACGAACGAGUCCACCCAGCGCCCCGGCUCGGAGCAAAGGGCGCAAACGCUGAACCCAAAGCUGAUCCCAACCCAUCAGAGUCCUAAUGGCUCCAGAACCCAGCCCCAUCUCAUCCCGUCCUUAACCAACAACCACAAAUACAUGCUGGGUCUCCCUACAGCUAACCACGUGCCCACCGACUCUACCCACGUCCACCCUUCUUCUGCACCAGGUUCUCACUUCCUCCGAGUCCUCCUCCCCUUCUCUCGAUCGUCUACAACUGCCAGCUUCCAAUGCUCCGAGAUGGGCAGCUACGCCUCCCAUCUCCACAUGAACAAGUCCAGCAGCACCCUGCUGGAAGGAGCCGAGUCGGGCUUCCCAUCCCAGGAUCCGCUGGGGAGUGACGACGUGUUUGAUGCAGGCAGGUCACUCCUAAAGCAAACAGGCCAGCCGGGGGCCCCUGAGGCGGUCACUGUACCCGGGGUCAGUGCAGCUUUGGCCCCUCUGUGCUACAUGGACGAGGACAAUGACCUCGAGUGCUGCUCGUCCCCUUUGUCAGAGAAAACCGGACCACUGUCACCCUUUUCCCUGUCUGCGGACUGCUGCAGGAUUUGUCACUGUGAAGGGGAUGAGGAGAGUCCUCUGAUCACGCCGUGCCACUGCACAGGGAGCCUGCGCUUUGUCCACCAGGGCUGUUUGCAGCAGUGGAUCAAGAGUUCGGACACCCGCUGCUGUGAACUCUGCAAGUACGAGUUCAUCAUGGAGACCAAGCUCAAACCACUGCGCAAGUGGGAGAAACUACAGAUGACAGCCAGCGAGAGAAGGAAGAUCAUGUGUUCCGUCACCUUCCAUAUCAUCGCUAUUACCUGUGUGGUGUGGUCGCUGUACGUGCUUAUCGACAGAACGGCGGACGAAAUCAGAUCAGCCGGAAGAAUCCCAGGAAUCCUGGAAUGGCCUUUCUGGACCAAGCUGGUGGUGGUGGCCAUCGGCUUCACAGGCGGACUGGUUUUCAUGUACGUCCAGUGCAAAGUCUACAUCCAUCUAUGGAAGAGACUCAAGGCCUACAACCGGGUCAUAUACGUGCAGAACCGGCCGGACACGUGUAAAAAGUUGGCCCUGGAGAAGCCGCCGCUCCUGGAACCCAACCCGGAGAACAAAGAGAUGCUGGCCCACACUCAGUCGGACACAAACUCCUCCCAGUAUACAGAGACAGAGGACUACAGCAUGGAGGUGCUCCAUGUCUGACACCCGGUCCGAUUUGUCCCCCCUCCAGCUUCUUGUCCUUUCUCAGACUGAGCCACUGUCCUCCUGUGUUUUCUUCCACCCACUUUUUAAAAAUUUGACUCCCCAGGACGGACAGUUCGUUUGAGGAGGGCCAUACAUUUCUCUUUCUUGUGGAUUCGUCGGACUUUCUUACCUCCCGUGAGUUCUUGGGCUAAGCUGGGUCGAUGUAGCGCCGUGUGUUGAAUCUCUGUAAGCUUCCAGAUACUGCCAUGUGUCAGCAGGACUUCAGCUCCGCCGGUCUGGGUCUGACCAGGACUCGAUCUGGACACGCAUCAAAGCACUUUUAUUUUUUUAAUGCCCCUCGACACGACCCCCCCUCGACUUCCUUUCCAUUCUUUUUCUUCAGUGUGACCUAAUUCCUUAAUGUUGUUCGUUUUGGGGGAGCACAGUGAAAACUGAAAUGCACAAACUCACAGAUUUAGCCCUCCCUCGGACUGCAGAACAAGGAAUCGAGGUCAAAAAAGGAUGGAAGAAACGCUGAAAGCAAGAGAAAAGGGGCGAGUCGUGAUCAGUCACUCUGCCCUCACAUGAACUUUUUGGAGUCUGAGAAUGUAAUCUUUUUACAUAAUAAAAAGAAAUAAACUUUGACAUUUUUUUAUUUACUGUUAACGGGAAUCAUUUCCUCGUCUUGGAAGAGGUCGUGGAAGCCUUUGAGCAGAACCAGCGUUGCUCACCUUCUGUUUCCUACUUUGUGAAAGAUUCAGUAUUGGCAGUGUGAUGUUCCAUGUGCAGUUUUUUAGUAUUUGUUGCUUAGUCGGACAUGAGAAAUCCUCAGCUUCCUGCUCUCGGAUCUUUCGGCAAAUGGAUACAAAAAAUGAAUCACUUUCAAAGCUGCAGAUCUGGACUUAUUAUCCAUUUCAAACUGUUUCCAGUAACUAGAUCUGAGUAUUUGUUGUAGAUUCAACUGAGAAUCUCUAUUUCAGCAUUUCAUCUUCUGUAUCCUCCCACUUGUUUAUUUUUAACAUCCAAAUUCAAGUAGGGGAAUCAUUUAUUGUUGUAAAAUCCGUGGAAAGCAUCUAGACUAGAUCGCCCUCUGCUGGUGGGAAGCUGAAGGUGCAACCUGAGUCAGGAAGCAGAGGACUUCUUGGGGAUAAAGUGUUUCUGGGCUUAAAAUCCUAAUAAUUUUGUUUGUUUGUUUGUGUGGGAACACAGCAAUGCUAGGCUCAUGUUGAGUCUCACAGCCAUUCUUGCAACAUGCACAUUUACGUGAAACAACAGGAAUGAUCCGACAGUUCUGCUCAGCCGCAGCAAUAAACAAGAGCAGCGCUUUGUUUUUGUAAAAAUCCAUAUUGUGUGCAUUUUGUCGGUUUGAGAGCUCAAUCCUAACAUCAUUUAGAAGAAGUUAUCAAUUUCAAUUUAGAUCAUAAAGUUUCCUUUGAGAAGGCUCAGUGCAAGUAGGUAAAAAGUGCAAUUACUCCUGUUCCACAGUAAUAUGCUGAGGUUUUAAUGGCCAGGGUGUCCUCUGGAGAUGAAAUGUGCAACUUUUUUUUUUUUUUUUUCUGUGUUUGUAUUUAUUUUGCAGAAAACAGUGCAGUUUGUCCAUUUAAAAAUCCUGUUUCAUGAGUAAUUUUAUGCAAUUUCCAUAUUGCGUUUUCAUCAGGCGAUAAAGUUUAUGUAGAAAAGUUGUCUCUUAAUUUAAACUUCUAAUCACUUUCUAAACCAAAAAUUUAGUUUUCUGCAAAAACAUACAGCAUUAAAGUUGAUUUUUUUUUUUCCUUUUUUUUUAAACAUGAUAAGUUUGGUUUCCAGAAGGUUUUUUGCGGAGCUGGCUCCAUUCAUGAAGUCUGUUUGAUGAUGAAAGGCCACCUUUUUUUUGAAAUUGAUUAAAUUAAGUGUAAAUCUACUUUAAAGCAUUUUUUUUCUAAGUCCAUGUCUGGGAAAACUGAGCCUUAUACUAUCUCUUGCCACUGAUUUAAAAUUACUUUCUCAGGCACAGUAUUUUAGUUGUUCUUUGGUCCCUCUUGUUCCAUCAUGUUUGAAAGGUGUAACUUGCAUAAAAGCAGCGUUUGUUUACUACUGACUGGACUUGAACUUAUGGCUGUUCCCUCGUCUUUUGUCAUUCCUCCCGUUUGUGAAUUUUUUUCUUUGCUAUAGUAACAGUAAUGGAAUUUGUUUAAGGAAAAAAAGUACUUUUUAAGAGAAAUGGAUGUGUUUUCAGUUCAUUUCACAUGUUUGAACAAAUAUGUAGAAUUAAAAAGCAAAAAAAAAAAAAAAACCCAAAUAAAAUUACUUUUAACACA